AUGCUCUCCAGAAGUUCGUAUAUUAAGGGAUGUGUAACUUACAAGGUCUUGAUUUCCAAAGAAGGAGGCAAGGACUGCUGCAACUUCUUGGCCUUGGAGACGUCGUUGACAACCAAGGUGUACUGGUAUCUGGAACCUCUGACCUUGAACUUGGUCUGCUUGAAUGGCUUACCGUUAGCGUUGAUCUUCUUGUUGACCUUGACAACGGCAGACUUGAUGUCAGCUCUUCUAGCCAAUUCGACGAAUUCCUUGAUGUCCUUGAUUUCUUUCUGUGGGUGUUAG